AUGUCCGCUUCACAGUAUGGUACAGCAAAUCCCGCUGAUAUCGAUUCGACCUCAGGUGUUUUGAAAGAGUUGAAAGAUGCUGAAAACCAGACUACUGGAAAAAUUCUGCCUAAUGCUGAAUCGGAAUCGAAAUGCUAUUUGCAACGGCGACAUCUUGUCGUGGUAUUAGCAUUUUUAGGAUUUGCUAAUAUCUACGCAAUGAGGGCGAAUUUAUCAGUUGCGAUUGUUCAGAUGACUAGUGAUACGGUUGUGAUCACGGUAGAUGGACAACAAGUGAGGGAAGCUGAGUUCGAGUGGGACUCGAUAACACAAGGUGCUAUCCUGGGAGCAUUUUUCUAUGGCUAUUUUUUAACACAGCUUCUCGGCGGUUACUUGGCACAUCGUUAUGGUGGAAAGUUCGUUUAUUUCGCGGGUGUUUUCGGUACUGCUGUUUUCACUCUGCUUUCUCCUCCACUGGCAAAACUUGGGAAAGUUUCAAUAAUGGCAGCAAGAUUUUGGGAAGGACUUUUUGAGGGUGUUUCGUAUCCUGCAAUGCAUGCUAUACUGGGAAACUGGGCACCAACGAUGGAAAAAACUCGGAUGAGCGCAAUUUCAUACGCUGGUUCGUACUUCGGAACCGUCAUAGCAAUGCCUAUAUCGGCUGUUAUUGGUCUUCAUUUCGGAUGGCCAUCCAUAUUUUAUUUCUUUGGAGUAGCUGCUUUGUUAUGGUGCUUUUUAUGGGUGAAAAAGUUUCAUGAUAUGCCGGAAAAUGAUCCAAAUAUAACCACGGAUGAAUUAACGCUGUUGAAACGCGAAACUAAGCAAGCAGUUGUUCCUUGGAAACAUAUUCUUUCAAGUAGAGCCGUUUGGGCCAUUGUUAUUGCACAUGUAUGCCAGAAUUGGGGAUUUUAUACAAUGUUGACAAGUUUACCACGGAUAUUGGAAAAUCUCCUUAGUUAUGAUCGUGAAAAAGCUGGAUCGCUAUCAUCUCUUCCAUAUGUUCCUAUGGGUAUUGUGCUCCUGACUGCUGGUGGUUUUGCUGAUUAUCUUAGGAAGAACUAUAUGUGGUCCACUAUUAAAGCGAGAAAAGUUUUUUGCUGUUUAGGAUUGUUGGGAGAAGCAGCAUUUUUGUUGUUAGCAACAACGGAAAUGCGCAGAUUGUUGGUACUCGCUUCGCUGAUAAUUUCUGUUGGUUUGGGUGGUCUUGCAUGGAGUGCAUUCUCCGUCAAUUCUCUCGAUAUCGCUCCACAGUACGCUGGUCACCUUAUGGGUCUUUCGAAUACAUUAGCUACAUUACCAGGAAUGAUUAGUCCUUUAUUUGUUGGUGCAGUCGUCAAAAAUCAGUUGCGCUGUGAAUGGCAUACUGUGUUUUUUUUUACAUCAGGCAUUUAUAUAUUCGGCGCAUUUAUAUUUUGGGUUUGGGCGAAAGGUGAAUUAGAAGAAUGGUCAUUACAUCAGGUUGAUUCAUCACAAACUGAUGACUGA